UCGUUUCGCUCUAGAUAACAAUCACUCAGUCAGGUAUACGUAUGGCACAUAGACCAUGUGACUUUUGGACAGAAAGGGCUUUUUAUAAAUACAUACACAUAUACAUUAUACAAUGUAUAGUCGAAUACUGUUUAACGUUUUUGGGGGUUGUUUUUCAAACUUUAUUUGUGUUGUUAAGGUACAUAUGAAAUAUUUAUGACUUAACAUAGCUGGUUUUCAAUCGGUAAGACCUCUGAACCAGAACAUUUGAUUGCAUCCAUAGAAGAGACAGAACGGAUAUUAUGACGAGGAAAAAUGUUGUGCUUAUAGCCGCAUUUCUAGCCAUGUUUUUCAACACAUCUCUGAAUUUCGUGGCUGGGGUAAUUCAUGUGGCGUUAUUAGAAACGUACCCAGAUAUAGACCCGCUGACAAUAUCAUGGAUUGGUGCACUCUUCUCGUCUAUGUUCAGUCUAGGAGGUAUACUAGGUACCAUUGUUAUACGUCUGUCUAGUACUAGAAUUUGUGUUAUGUUAAGUGGUCUUCUCACGUUGACUGGUUUCACAUUAAGCUUUUUUGUGACAGAUAUAAAAUAUUUGUUUAUAACGUACAGCUUAAUAGCAGGAUCUGGACAAUCCUUGUGUUCUGUUGGGCCAUUUGUUUCUUUAAGUUACCAUUUUCAAGAUACACUCGGUAUAGCUUCAGGUAUAGCUAUAGCCGGAAGUGGACUGGCUGCAUUUGUGUUUCCUCCUUUAACACAAUUAUUUCUAGAUACCUAUGGGUUAAAUGGAACGUUUCUGAUGCUUGGUGCACUUGGUUUUCAGAGUUCAGUAUUCGGGGCUCUUAUGAAGCCAACUGAACAAGAACUAACGCUAGCACCUGUUUUCUGUUGCAACCGAUAUAGCAAUGUAACUCAACAAAAAGAAAUGAGUACAUGGAAGGAUAGAUUCAGAUUUUGUCAAUCAUUACACUAUAGGUUGUUAUUGAUUAAUUCUAUUGCGUUUCAUAUGGCAAAUUCCACAGUUUUUCUCUUUUUGCCGGACUAUUUCGGGCAUCUGGGGUCAACAGCUCAAGAAAUUGCCAUACUUUUGGCUGUUGCUGGGGUAACUGGGACUAUAGCUCGGGCAAUAUUAGGAAUGUUGGCGUCUUUCAUGGGUGCAGGCAUCGCGUUUGGUGCCAUGUUUGGCAUAAUCGGAGUGGCGACAUUCUUCGUAAAAUGGAUGUCUACCUUGGGAAGUAAAAUUUCAUAUGUACUUAUUUUGGGAUUCUAUACCGGUGGUAGCUGGUCGCUGCAGUAUGUACUUUUGGUGGAAACUAAUGGACUUAAAAAUCUAGAGUCUCAUAUGGGUGUAAUGAUGUUUUGUGGUGGUUUGGGAUAUUUGUUUGGUCCCCCUAUAGCAGAAAUAAUAGCAAUUCAUUAUCAGGAUUCUUACAUCGUUUUUGUUUUUUCUGGUGUGUGUUUUGCAACUGCUUCCGUGUCAGGUCUACUAAUUCCAGCGACGGCCAAAAGAUAUAAUCCUCGGGACGUUACAGAGACGGACAUAGGAGUAAAAGAUGAAUUGUUUCUGGAACAGGGUGAGAAAGAGGCCUUUAUAGAUGCAAAUUAAGAAUAAACUCUCGUGGUUGAUGUUAGUUCGUUAAAAAUAUAAUCGUUAAUAAAUGGGCAUUCUGUUGUGAGCCUUAAAUGUCACUCAACUACAAGAAGACUUAGUCCUCAACUCACCACACCCUUAUAGAAGGGACAGGGAUAACAUAUUUCUGUCUCUGUGUUAUUAGUAAUCAACAACCACAUACCAGCAGUGUACAUUUUAUAAAUUUAGUU